GGCGGAUUAAAUUGGGAGAAAUAAACUCACCUCGGGACAGUGGCGCGACCGUGCGUCCUCCGUGCGGCACACUCACCGAGCGUCCAAACAUCUCCUCCAGACUCGCUCUGGCGAACGCUUUCGUUUCCGCCUUUUUUGUAGAUCUCUUAAGUUUCGUUUUUUCAGAAUGGGAGUUCCCUUAGGUCAUAUGAGCAAUAACAGUUUUGUAACUGGGUUUGGCAUUGUGAGUUAUUUUUAUUCAGUUCUUAUCAAAGUUAUUAACCACAAAAUGUUUUAUCAAAGACUGAUUGGAGAAGGCGUAUGUACAUGCAUACAUAUAUGUAGGCUACAUGUAUGCAUAGGCUAUUCUUAACAUUUAGCCUAAUCUUGACGUUGCCCUAGACCAGAACCUUCGCCCAAUUAAAGCCAAUUAGCAUACACUGCUAGGCCUUUAUUCUAGUGUGCUUAUCCUGUAUUUUGCUGUCAGGGUAUGAAAACGUAGUCUCUUGCCUUUUUUUUUGGUAAAGACGCCACCAACAACUGUCAGACCAGGGCUUUGGUGCUUUUCCCUGCUGGAUUAAUACAUUUCAAUGAGAAAGGUAGCUGGAAAAAUCGCAGGAUUUUUACUUUCAUUUUCGAUUGAUCAGAAUAGGCCUAUGACCACAGCUUUUCGACGAAGUCUCUGAAUGCAGAAUUUUAAAAGUCGGACAAGUUGAACACCUCAAGUAUGGAACAAAUUAGCCUUGGUAGCCUACAUUCAUAGAAGAUUAACAUAGGAGUUGACGAUUUAGAACUUUAAAUGUUUUUAGUAGUAUCCACCAGGUGGCGCUGUUGCUCUCACCAGUUCCUUCCACAAGUCACAGGUUUUUUCCAGAGCAGAUGAGAGAAGAGCGACUAAGGUCUGAGCGUUGAAUGACUGAAGCGCGUGUGCCUCAUCCGGGAUUAUACCAGCAGUGGUGGAACGUAACGAAGUCAAAGUUAUAAAGUGGUAAAUUUUAUAUGCAGUGGAUACUGGUGGUUUCUGUUGGACAAAAUUAAGCACAGUUCUUUAUUAAAAUCAUUAGGCCUAUUGCUCUUUAAUUUAACUACUUACAUUUUUAUAUGAUAUUUUAUUUUUAUUUUUAAUGGUCGGUGGUAUCACAUUUUAGGAGGCUAUAGAGCUUCUUUGGCGCCCAUUUUAAAUGAGAAAGAUUGCAAUAAUGCCUGUAUUUCCCCACGUUUAAGCCUAUAAAACCUAUAAAUUCCAUUAGGACACAUGUGCAAACAGUGGCUCUGAAUGAAACGCAUAUAUGUCUCUAUUUAAUUGGGUAAUUUUUACAGUGUUGUUUAAAGAAUCAAUAUUAAGCAGCCCAGAGUUAAGGACGAGAGAACCUUUAUUAGUCUCACCAGCAGCAGGUUAGUACGGCCAAGUCAGGAGGAAAAUGUUGAGAUCACUGGAAUUUGAAAAGUUGUGGAACAGUGAGAAGGAAAGGAAGAUCUCUAAACUGCUAAAAAAUAGAUUCUUCAGCUUGGUUUCCCACAUUUUAUCCUCCUCAGUGCCAGAGAAAUAUUUUUGUCUUUUCCCCUCUAUAUAAAUGUUGGCCUAUGUCGUGAGCAGACUUUGAAUUUGUGUAUUUGGCUGAAAUGUCUAAUGUUAAACUUAAGUAGGCUUUUCAUCAUAAGGUCUGGGCUCCUAAAAUGAACUUUACGCACGGGUCCCACGUUUAUCUCCAUCACUCGCACUUCUGCUGACGAAACCAUGACGACGCUCACCUAUAAGAAGUGUGGCAAGUUUGAGCAGAUCGUUUUGAGCGGUGACAGAAAGGACUCUCAAAGAACUCCCAGCCCACGGCAUGGAGAUGUCAGUCAAACUCGUCUGCUGUAUCACGGUGUUUUUCGUGCUUUUGGCGAGCAGUCCGACGGAAGGGUGGUACAAACAGAUGGCCGGCGGACCAAGCUACUACUCAGUGGGCAGGGCAUCUGGUUUAUUGUCCGGGAUUCGGAGGUCUCCAUACGCAAAGAGAGGCGAGACGCAACGGACAGACAGCGCAGAGUCAACGACCAACUUGCUUUCAGAACUUACGCCUCGCAGUUUCUUCCUCAAGACCAUGCCUGUUUGCAUCAAAGAAAUUACACCAAACCUGCAGAGUUGUGAACUCUUCCAAGAACUGAAAGGCUCGUUUAAGUGCUCGGCUGAAGUCUUCCUCUCCCUGGACUCCGCAGACUGUGCAGGAGACUGAGCGGCGCGCCCAGAGGUGCCUGUUCACGCAUGAAAACACCUCAACUCUGAGGUUUAUACAGUUGUUGCACUCUUCUUCUCUUCUUUUAUUUUUGAUUUUGUCAUUCAAUGUUAUAGUAUGGUAUUUUCAUUAAAUAAAUAUAGGCUAUAUGCAAUUUAUUUUAUAGCCUGUUCAAUUCAAAAGUGUCACUUUUUUACAUGUAAUAAAAUAUUUUGUUGGAAGAUGACUACAUGUAUACAAUUUAAAUAAAAACAUUUUAUUUAAAUAUUAAAAUUGCAUUGUAAAAUA